GUGCGGGAACACGUUGCACUCUAUGCGAGGCUCCGCGGCAUCCAGAACCAAGACGUGGCCCAAGUGGUUGAUGGUUGCAUUGUGAAAAUGGGGCUGAGUAAGUACAGGAAUAAGCAAUGUGGAACUCUGAGUGGGGGCAAUAAGAGGAAGUUGUCGACUGCAAUUGCUCUUGUAGGGGAUCCGCUGAUAAUAUUCUUGGAUGAACCGACUAGCGGAAUGGAUCCAAAAGCUAGACGGUAUCUUUGGCAAUGCAUCCACGAUGCAAUAUCGGAAGGCCGACCAGUAGUUCUCACUUCACACUCCAUAGAAGAGUGUGAAGCGCUUUGCACAAGACUGGCCAUAAUGGUCAACGGCCAAUUCAAAUGUCUCGGCACAUCACAACACAUUAAAACCAAAUAUGGAGACUGUUAUGUUAUUCAGUUGAAGAUGCCGAAUGGAUGCUGUGAACAAGUCGAAGAGGUUUUCUGUUCACACUUUCCAACCGCGAAAAUUAUGGAAAAACUGCCGACACUGGUAGUUUUCCAACUGGGCCAAAUGGAGGCAAAGUUGGGAGACUUGUUCAGAGUGAUAGAAAAAGGAAAGAAAACCAAGAUUCAAAUCCCAGUCUACACCGGAAGACGUGAACUUCAAAUGCUGCAGUGUGAACUAAUCGAAGACUACUCCGUCAGUCAAACUACUUUGGAUCAAGUGGUUAUCAACUUCGCCAAAAACCAGUCGGAUAUUGUUCCUCUUGGCAACCAAGUUUCAGCAGAUAAUAACGAAAGCUUCGAAAUAUCUCUAACUAAACCAAGAUUGGCUGCUCAAGGAGGAAGUAUGCCAAGUUUGAUCACAGACGUGGAAGCUAAUGCGCGAAGUUCGAACCAUAACACACCACAAGCUAAGAAGUAUCUGGUCAGCUCGCCAAUUCCAGCCAAUGAUGUGGAAGCUCAACUGAAUGAUACUUUUCAAGAAAGCCAGAUCUUGUUGCAGGAGUAUCAAGUAGUCGAUACCCCUGCAAGUGUGAGUAUAGCGGACAAUUCUGCCACUGCUCAAAAACCACCCGCAGUGAUAGUUUCGCAAGUAAUGCCACUGGCACCAACUGCAGAUGUACCAGGAGAAAAACAGGUCAAAACUGAGGAAAUCAAAGAUUACGGUAAGGAUCACGCUAUAGAUGAGAAAGAUGAGCCGAAAUCAACGACUGUGGCAGGAGGCGCCGCAAAUGUCAACGCAGAUGAUCCCAACAGCUCAAAUAAUGUUUCGGUUGAAGCCACAGAUUCCAGCCCUCCACAGGAAGUAUCAGACAAAGAUAGCUUAGGCACAAGUAACAGUGGCGAGGACGAACAUGUGAACAACAAUUAUGUCAAGCAAAAAUGCACCAAGUUAUAGACAAUACUCGUAACUAAUUAUUGUACAACUAAAUUAUCGCAAUAAAAAUGUUGCUAUACAUUACAGAAACAAAGUCAAAUCCAUCUGUCCUGUUUUUUUUAAAGAGCCAUCACCAAAAACCAUUUCUAAAUUUCUAUCUUUUAUGCCUGAUUUAAUCUUUUGUUUGUGUAAUCAAAAAAGUUUUCCACGUUUGACGUUGAAUUCUCCAUUUUUGUAAAAAUAAAAUUUAGUUUUCAAGCUUAUCAGAAUUGUGCAAUUUUUUAAUGUAGAAUUGAUAGAUUUGAUCAAUUGGAAUCAUUUAAGUGUCAA